AUGGUUCGAAAUAUCGUUGUCCUUGGAGGCAACUCCCAUCCUCAACUCAUUCACGCCGUCUCCGAAAUCCUGGGCGUUCCUGAAUGCAACCGUAUCCUCACAAAAUUUUCAGUCGGGGAAAGCCGCUUGGAGAUUCAGGACUCUGUUCGCGGCAAAGAUGUCUACAUCAUCCAGUCGGGAGGUGGCAAGGUCAAUGACAAUUUCGUUGACCUCUGCAUUAUGAUCUCGGCAUGCAAGACUGGGUCUGCGAAGCGUGUCACCGCCGUCCUUCCUCUGUUUCCCUACUCUCGACAACCUGAUGUACCCUACAACAAGACUGGAGCCCCUCUCUCGAAAGCCCCUACAGACGUCAACAGAAACGAUUUCACCUUCGAAAGUCGGCCUGCCACACCUGGGCCAGGUCUACCCCAGAGUCAAGGCCUCUCGAAUGGGCUUGAUGGCCUACAAAAGAAAUUGGGCAAAACCUCGAUGGAUCAGCAAAACGGAACCUCCUACACGAACGGUAUUGCGCCCCCACGACGAUCCAAUACCAUAGAUUCGAUGAAUGAACGUGAUGGGCGUGACCGUGGUUCCUCCAUAGGCUCGCAGACCCCAACAACAGGCCCUGCCUUCACAACCCAUGACUACGCAAAUGCGGGCCAAUUCAGCAAAAGCUUCUUCCAACCCAAACCAGGAUACAAGCAAUGGGUGGCACAGGCUGGAACGCUUGUAGCUGACCUUUUGACCUGUGCUGGUGCGGAUCACAUAAUUACAAUGGAUUUGCAUGACCCUCAGUAUCAAGGAUUCUUCGACAUUCCUGUCGAUAAUUUGUAUGGGAAAUCAUCAUUGAAAAAGUACAUCCAGACCAGGAUACCCGACUUCAAAAACGCUGUUAUUGUUAGUCCAGAUGCUGGUGGGGCAAAGAGGGCUACAGCCAUUGCGGACGAGCUCAAUGUGGAAUUCGCAUUGAUCCACAAGGAACGUCGUCCAACUCGUAUCACAGACCGCCAAAAUGCCACCAUGAUGUUGGUUGGGGAUGUCGAGAACAAAGUAACCAUCCUCGUUGAUGACUUGGCGGAUACUUCGAAUACCAUUACAAGAGCCGCAAAGUUGUUGAAAAAGGAGGGCGCAACAAAGGUCUAUGCCCUGCUCACCCACGGUAUCUUCAGCGGAGAUGCCAUCGCCCGUAUCAACGCGUCCGCUCUAGACAAGGUCGUGGUGACCAAUAGCGUACCGCAAGAUGAACAUUGCCGCUUGUGUCCGAAGCUGGAAGUUUUGGAGGUCGGCCAGAUCUUCGCUGAGGCAAUUCGUCGUGUUCAUCAUGGAGAAUCGAUGAGUACCCUUUUCUGGGACUAG